AUGCGACACAAGGCAUCUUCUUCCAGUGGUCCUCUCGACAAUUGGUCACUCGUCAGCCCAAAGUCAAACUCUCCUCGUGCGACGGAUCCGUCAUUCCCCACAUACGAAGUGAUGAAUGGGACCGCAACCGACCUAUUGCUCUUCCCCACGAAGAUGCUUACUCCUGGCAAAGUCAAAACUAACAUCGGCAUGGCGCUGGUCGAAGGCAAUCGUGUCAGCUCUGCUGCCAUCGCAGAAGAGCUUCUCAUCACAAUCAAUGCUUCAAAUAGCCUGAAUGAACAUUUGCUCUAUGAAGACCGCCAAGAUAUCCUCAAGACACUUGCCAAAGUGCCUGGAGAGGCUCUCCUUCGUUUGGGAGAGAUAAUUCGCUGGCCGUCGGUGGUUCGAACUGUUUCUCAGCCCAAGGACAUGCAUUUCCUGAGCAGGUAUAUGGCAAUAAUCGGAUAUCUCACCUCAGAAGCUGUGAUCAAGUCUGCUAGCCUGGCCCAUGUGAAAGAGACGGCAUGUUCUUAUGCAAGUGCGCUCUAUGGCUUAGUGGAGAACAAUCUCGAGCAUGUCAUUACAGUCAUCGACGAAAAUGUCAAGGAUUGUAUGGACGCAAACAACUUCGACGAUCCCAAUUCCGAUCAGUACAUGAGACACAAAGUGGUCCAUAUCGUUUCUGGCGCUCAAGUUUUCAAACCAAUCGCUAUACUCUUUCUCGAAUAUUUCGAACGUUGUCGGGCGGCGACGACCUCUCACCCCGAGGUGGCCUCGUUCAUUGAUCGUUUGACCACUCAUUUUGAGGACUGGGCAGACCGGGUCAUGCGGGGUACCUUUCAAGACAGGCUGACCUCUCGCUUGCCUCAGGAGAAGAGCUUUUUCAUCAACAAGAUCCGCGGCGACCUUGACCUACUCGCUAAAGUUGCUAGCAGAUGCCUCAAACCCAAAGACGAACACGACUUUCCUAUGACUCAACCGUUCGUCCCAUCUCUCGGUGUGCUAGCUGGUCUGGCAAGAGAAUACGAAGGUCCCGGAGCGUUGUGUAGCACCGGUCCAAGACAUGACAACGAUCAUAUCUCUAUUGCUGACAUCCAAAUUCCGCCGACGACCGCCGAGCUGCUGUCCGAGGAGGAAGCAUAUCUGCCUGCUAAUCUCCCCGGAGCUCACCACCAUCUUCCCGAGGACUGCAUCGAGAAGAUCUUGGAUAUACAAUUUCGGCUGCUCCGGGCAGACGCUACAACGUCUCUGCGCACUGGUGUUAAGCUAGUCCUCAAAGAGCUUGAUCUGGGGCCGGAAGCCUACGCGGACUCGAAGGUCGCACGCCUCGUACGCGCCCGCGGAGGGCGAUACAAUGGGCAAACCACCGACUCAGAUUCGAUUCAUAAAUUCGGUCUUGUCGUUUACGUGCGCGGUGAUGCACCUCCAGGUCCGGCGAGAAGCCAUAAUCCCUCUGUCCGUAAGACCUUUUGGGAUCAAGGGAAGAGGCUGCAGAUGGGUGGUCUGGUUGCUUUGGUGCAUAAAGAGCUCGGAGUACCGGCCAGCAGCGUGGAUCAUCACGGCUCUUCUGGAAUCGAGUUCGGCCUCGCGUUCGUUGAUCCCGCGGAUGGCUUCCGAGCCGCUGAAGUGCUUCGACGUAGAGAAGAAAGUCGAAGUUCUACCCGACUUCUUCUGGAGUCGCCCGUCCUCUACGAAGCGGUCCGGCCCUUCCUGCAAGUGCUCAAAACGACCGACCCUCUUCGUCUCCCUUUAGCAGAAUAUAUCAAACACGGCGAUCUAAAAGAUAAGCAUAUUCAGCUGCCCGCCUACUCCGCCAUACCGGGUUUCAAGUGGGAUCUAUCGUGCAUGCUCAAGGACGGGUCUGAAGAAACUUGCAGCAUGGACCCUACGUCGCAGGUGUCAAUUGCGACAGCCAGGGAGAUACUGCAUGAGCAGGGCAAACUCGACCGGAGUCAAACGGAUGCGGUCCUAGAUUGUCUCGUGAGGGAAAUUGCGUUGAUACAAGGUCCUCCUGGCACUGGCAAGACUUUCACCGGAGUCGAGCUGCUUCGUCUGUUAUUCCACAACAAUGUUGGGCCUGUUGUCCUUCUGGCCUUUACGAAUCAUGCCCUGGAUCAUAUUUUGCGAGCUGCUCACGACAGUGGCGUGACAAAGGAUAUGCUUCGGCUGGGGUCAAGAAGCAAGGAUGAAGUUGUUUCGCAGUAUUCCCUGGAGACGCUCGAACACACGCAGCGAAAGACAUCCUUGCACACUGAGAAGAGCAAGUUCACUGGCCAAAUGAAGGACUUGGAGGCGCAAAUGAAACGAGUGUCCGAGAAUAUUACUCGAAGCGACGCAACGGAAGAACAAAUCAGGCACUAUCUCCAACAAGACCACCCAGCGCUCUUUGCCAGUAUCAAUAACCCCCCUGCAUACGUCCGAGCUUUAUAUAUCAACUCGGCUGAUCUUGACGGGUGGUCGACGGCAGGCAGGAAGCGCACAUCGCAAUCUUUGUGGGCCUUCUGGCAGGCCGGCCUCGAUCUCGAUCAUCUGCGAACUCUCAACGCUCCACCAGCAAAGAAGACAUUCGAUAACAAACCUAUCCCGACCAAUAGAUUCGAUGAACUCUCCGUUGCAGACUCCACUUCAGAGCCUUCCGAAUCAGAGGCAAUCGUGCCACAAAGUGAGGAAGAUGCCAGAUGGUCGUUCUUCUACACUCCGCCGGACGUUGAACACUGGGACGACUUUGACUCCGGCCAGUCGGACGUCGAUGCGGAUCUCAGCGACGUGUCGUCCCUCCUAGAGAUCGAUGACACAGUCUUGACGGAGGUAGAGGACACAUUCUUAACAGAGGCUCAGGCUCUCGGAGACAAGGACGCUUUUCUGGAAUUUUUCACUCUCACCGAGCUCCCCGGUAUUCCUACCGGUACUCGCCCCAUGGACGCUCUCCUGCAAUCGACCGACUGUUGGGGUUUCUCGUACGAGGAGCGCGUUCGCUUGGCUGACUGGCUUGGUCGUCGGGCAAAGAACGAUAUCGAUGAAGAAGCCCUGGAGGAAUUCCAAAGUUUGACCCACGAAGCCAGAGACAACAUCCGAGUGGCCUUACUCAACAAGGUCAAACUACUUGGAUCAACCACCACUGGUGCAGCCAAGCUACCGGCCGUGCUGAAAGGAUUUGCCCCGAAAGUGCUCGUCAUCGAGGAGGCGGGACAAGUUCUGGAAGCCCACGUACUGGCUACUCUAUUUCCAAGUAUUGAACACGUGAUAGCCAUCGGCGACCCUCUGCAGCUUCGUCCCAACGUGAACUGCUAUGGUGAAAACACUCUUUAUCCGCGACUCAUGGAUCAUGAACUUGUCACGCAGUACCCGGAUGUCCGCGGCAUGGGGAAGAACGUCUUUUUCCUUGAUCAUCGCAACCCCGAGAGCAAGGGGGGAGAUGAGGGAGCGAGCAAGUCUAACGACUAUGAGGUAUCCAUGGCGUGCGACCUCGCUCUGUAUUUCCUCAAGCAGGGAUCGUAUACGCGCGAAGGAGAUAUUGUUAUCUUGGCGCUGGCUGGUCGUCAUAUCACUGUCAUCAUGGACGAACGGGAUCAACGUGAGAUUGAUCGAAGGGUUGGCGAAGAAGAAGAUAGUGAGCCCGAAGUCAAGCAAGUGGCGGUCGCGCAUCAGGUGUUGCUUCGUACAGUUGAUAAUUUCCAAGGUGAAGAGGCCAAGAUUGUUAUCCUCUCGCUUGUCCGUAAUGCCGGCGAAGCAGAUAGUCUAACCCCCCAGACUAUCGGCUUCCUCAAGUCAAACAAUCGUGCCAAUGUGGCGUUGUCUCGGGCCAAACACGGUCUCUACAUCAUGGGCAAUGCUCCGCAGCUCGCAGCUAGAAGUUCGAUGUGGGAGACGAUUAUUGGCGAGCUUAGUGAGAGCGACUGCAUGGGGAAUGGUUGGCCUAUCGCAUGUGCAAGGCAUCCCGAGACAUUACGAUAUGCCUCCCAGCCGGGCCAGAUCCAGCAAUUAUCCCCAGAUGGCGGAUGUUUACUUCAAUGUGAGAUGUCGAUGCCCUGUGGCCAUCUCUGCAGACAAAAAAAUGUCGCAGCAGUUGCACCCGUCUACUCUCCUGCGGCCACCCAUGUCAGAAGAGGUGCUAUGAAGAUUGCGGCAAGUCUGCCAUGCGGUCACAUCGUGGACCUGCUCUGUUGGGAAACACGCUCUCUCGAUCACGUUAAAUGUCAUGAAAUGGUCUCGAAGAAGUUCGCCUCAUGCGAACAUUCUCGUAUCGUGAGAUGCGGAGACGACGUCAACAGCUAUCCAUGCAAAGCGAUCUGCGGUACGCCUACCGACUGCUGCGGCAGGAAUUGCAAAGCGGAUUGCUCGACCUGUCAAAGCCUUAACAAAGAUCUUCCUCGCCCGAAACUGUCUCACGGUCCUAUCGUCAAUCUGGCGGGCGAACCUCAAGAACCCUUCGAAGAUAUCAGUCGUCAACAUAUCCUUCGGCUGAAACACGCUUCGCAUCCUUGGCGAUUGUUCGACCAAACAUGUGCAUCCGCCGUGCAAAGAGGCAUGCUUGCAGUCUUGCUCGCAUCAAAGAUGCCGUGGAACAUGUCAAAGACCUUGCAAUCCAUGCAAAGAGCCCUGUAUGUGGCGGUGUGCACACGGCAAACAGUGCCAUCUCCCAUGCUCGAUGUCUGCGGCGAACCAUGCGCCCUGCAAGUUUGUCCCCAAUGUGCCGACGCAGAUCAACUUGACUCCAUUGUGGAUGUCAUCAUGCAGUCAACUCUAUCCAUGCUUUUGGACGAAGAUGAAAUGCCUCGACUCAUCACUUUGACCUGUGGACAUGUCUUCACCGUGGAGAGUUUGGAUGGCGUUGCCGGCCUUGGUGAUCACUACUCGACGGACCCGAGAUCUGGGGAAUAUACUAUGCCCAAACUCCCCGAACCUGGCUUCAAGGAACGUCCCCUUUGCCCAAACUGUCGGGGUCCCAUCUCUUCGCCUCGGUACAAUAGAGUCACUAAACGCGCCCUGAUCGACAUACAAGAACAACAUGCUAUCACCAACGCUGCACGAGACGUCUCACGUCUACGUCAAUCGGUAGCGAACAUUGACCUAGUGCAAAUGUGUCAGUCUGUCCCGCGAACAAUGAACGGCGUGAACAUCAACAAAAAUAUUGAACAACCAAACAUGCAACUCAUCAACCUACAGAUGUGUCUCGCGCCUGACGCCAUGAAUUGUGUCCCUUCUAAUAUAUUCUUCGAGGAGAUCAGCAAGUAUUUUUCUAUCACCGGACCGAUCGCUGUGGCAUGGAAGAAAACGGUAGAGGGUCCGAUGCUACUCUACAGGAACUUGGCGAGGAUGGUCAACAACGCACGUCUGCCGCAUGUCGCCGCCUACGAAGCUGCACUCACGUCCGCCUUCCAUGAAGAAAUGGAACUUUCCACGUCGGAGUCACCCAACACUGCAACGAUCCGCGACGCUACUCAGUCCGCAAUGUUGACUGCUCGAAGAAGAGUAGGGGCGCCCUUUCCUCGAGGUGAGGCGCGGUUCAAGAUCGAGGCCUUGUUGGAAAGUAUCAAAGUACGUCUCAAGCUGGCUCCUGUCGCCAAGUCUUUUGCCGACGCCAUUGGACGUGUUUCCCUCCCCGAUGGAACAUCUCGUCACCGACAGAAUUUGGCACGAAACAGAAAUGACUGUCAGUGGCGGUUUGGAGUAUUAUCGCUCACUUUGCUCCGAAGUGCCCGACGCGAUGCGUCUUUGGCGAUUCGUCUAUGUGAAGAAGCCGAAACUUGCCGACUCACUCUGUCUUCCGCGCUCAUCGUUCUCGAGACCAGUUUCCAAAUGGGUCGCUUUCAUGCGGAAGAAUACGUGUCUCGCAGUAUCUGGAAGAAUCCCACAGUUCGACAGGAAGCAACCGAGCAGGCAAUGCAAGCUCGGCAAGCGGCGGGGGAUAAGUUUAUCGAAGUCUACAACGAUAUGGUCGAUGGUGAGAGAGGAAAUGAUCAAUUACGAGAAUGGGCGAAGGAGAAGGUAUGGCCAAUGUAUAUGACAAUCAUGAAAGAAUGGUCUACAUUUGUGGAAACGUUGCGGACGGGAGUGUUCUACUCUCCUGUGAGCUCGGAGGAGAAAUUACAGAUAGCCCGAGCGGUAAUUGAGGCAUCGUGGCGUGAGUCUUUGGCUUCCCCCCUUGGUUGUUUCCAUGGUGUCAUCAUCGCCCCAUGCCCACGAGGACAUACAUUCACUAUCGGAGAAUGUGGACAAGCCAUGGAAGAGGCCAACUGUCCCGAUUGCGGAGAAAGGAUAGGGGGUGCUCAUCAUCAGUUGCUCGAGACGAAUAGGCGAGAUCAGGAGAUGGAAGACCUGGCAACGAGUGCGGGCGCAGAACGCAACCCUCAUGUCAAUGAUUAG